UUUAGUUGUCCAGUCCCGAUGUCUGGUGAGUUGCAGGAGUCCGUGGGGGAUGACCGGCCCGUGAGGCCCCAGGAGGCGGCGGACAGGAAGGAGGACGGCCCGCCUGGCGCCGACGACCGGACAGACGCCGUCCCCGAGGGCUUAGAAGACGUGAAGGUAGACCUACAAGACUCUGGUCUCUGGCAGAGAUUUCACAAAGCGGGAACAGAGAUGAUUAUAACGAAGGCUGGGAGGCGCAUGUUUCCAUCUAUUAAAGUGAAGGUAACCGGCCUCCAGCCCAAGACAAAGUACAUCUUCGUGAUGGACAUCGUCGCUGUGGACUCUCACCGUUACAAGUUUAACGAGUCCAAGUGGUCUGUGGCGGGGAAGGCCGAGCCUGCCAUGCCGGGUAGAGUAUUCGUGCACCCCGAUUCGCCGGCUACGGGCGCGCACUGGAUGAAACAAGUGGUGUGUUUCCAGAAACUCAAGCUAACCAACAACUAUAUGGACACAUUCGGACAUAUUAUGUUGAACUCUAUGCACAAGUACCAGCCGCGGCUCCACAUCGUGCAGGCCAGCGAGAACAACAAGUUCGAACUCAAGAAGACGUGCUUUAGAACGUUUGUCUUCCCCGAGACGGAGUUCAUGGCGGUCACGUCGUACCAGAACCACCAGACAGUGCAGGCGUCGGGUCAGGCGGGGAAGACAGAGGGUCGCGACGGUAGUUCGGCGUUCAGUGAAAGAAAUGCUAAAGCCCCGAUCACAUACAUCUAA